AAAUGGACAACCGGUAGCGGUCACCAUGGAGAUGGCUGAACUAGGGGCGGAGACACUGGGAAGACUGAAAGCUUGCUCAGUGGGGUCGCGCACCGCUCCUCCUAUUGGGCGGCAGCGACCAAUAGAAUGUGGGGCUCGCCCGCGCUGCUACGUCACGUCUGGGACCGCGGAGUAUCCCAGGCGCCUGCAACUAAACGUGGCCGGGUCUGCAAGCUAGGUGCCAGCGGGGAAAGUUUCCCUGCUUCUUAUCGUCUGCUUUAACGCCUUAAAUAGCCCGCUGAAGGCUGCAGCAGGUGCUAGGUAGCAUCCUCCCGGCCCUCGGGAAAGGCGGGGUGGGGAGGCGAGAGCAGCUUAGCCUUCUCGACCUCCCUUCCUGGUGACGGACGAACAGUUCCUGUAGAAUUUCGCUUCACCGAGUGACCUUGAGCCCAGGGCGACGGUCAACUUGUUAGUUCCUGGCUGCAGGAACUUUGUGAGAAUUUUAAUGCAUGGAAAAGCUGUCCAUGUUCCAACUGCUGUACAUCCAAAAGUCUCAGUGUAAUAGCAGGACCAAAAUAUUCUGUCAAUCAGCUGACCAUAUACUUAAUGACUCCUAAAAUCUCGUGGACUUCUAAGAAAGCGCCAUGGCCUGUGCUGCUGUUAUGAUUCCUGGGUUGUUGCGGUGCUCUGUUGGAGCCAUCCGUAUUGAGGCUGCUUCACUGAGAUUGACACUCAGCACUUUGCGCCACCUUACUCUAACCAGCAUAAUGAAAUCCAAAAGGAAAACCGAUCACUUGGAGAGAACUGCAAGUGUCCUUCGACGGGAGAACAACUUAUUUCAUCAAGGGAGAAAGCACUAACAUCUGAGAAAGGAAAGUGGACGAGCUCUUGUUACCCUUCUAAUGUACAGAUUUUUUCCACCAUAUUCAGACUAUAGAAAGCUAAUCUACCACCUGAAGGGGUGUCAAGGGCUGAGAAAUAAAGGAUCCUCACCCUUUACCUCAAUUGUGUCAGCAGCUAAGGUGUGUGGAGCUGCCAGUGAGUCACCGUCAGUGAAGAGCCUCCGCUUGCUUGUUGCUGAUCAAGACUUUUCCUUUAAAGCUGGCCAGUGGGUUGAUUUCUUUAUUCCAGGAGUCUCUGUGGUUGGUGGGUUUUCAAUAUGCUCCAGUCCCAGACUGCUAGAACAAGAGAGAGUGAUAGAAUUGGCAGUGAAAUAUACGAACCACCCUCCUGCCCUCUGGGUUCACAAUACGUGUACACUUGACUGUGAAGUGGCUGUGAGAGUGGGUGGAGAGUUCUUCUUUGACCCUCAGCCUGCGGAUGCCUCUAGAAACCUCGUGUUGAUUGCAGGAGGAGUCGGAAUUAACCCUCUGCUUUCCAUCCUGCGGCACGCAGCAGAUCUCCUCAGAGAGCAGGCAAACAAAAGAAAUGGAUAUGAGAUAGGAACAAUAAAACUAUUCUACAGUGCAAAAAAUACCAGCGAACUCCUGUUUAAGAAAAAUAUCCUUGAUUUAGUAAAUGAGUUUCCUGAGAAGAUUGCAUGCAGUUUGCAUGUUACAAAACAGACUACACAAAUCAAUGCGGAACUCAAGCCAUACAUCACGGAAGGAAGAAUAACGGAGAAGGAGAUAAGAGAUCAUAUUUCAAAAGAGACUUUGUUCUAUAUUUGUGGCCCACCUCCAAUGACAGACUUUUUCUCCAAGCAACUGGAAAACAACCAUGUACCCAAAGAACACAUUUGCUUUGAGAAGUGGUGGUAGGAGGCAGACAAAGACAGAAAAAAUAAAAAGCAGAAGAGUACUAGCGGCCGUCUCCAGAGACAAGAAGAAAAAGAAUUUCAGAGGCUCAGAGGAAAGUUCAAUAUGGCCCCAUGGCAAGAAAUACAGGCAUGCUGGCUCCAGGUGGACUUGUCACCCUAAGAUAAAAGUUGGAGGCAACUAAGGAAAACCACUGUGGCUGUAGAGAUGGAUGAGUGUGAAUUUAUAAGGACAGAAGGGGGUACCUGAGCCUCCAGGGAUGGUGACAAAAGUAAGGCAAACCCAAAAGAGGAGGAAUGUUGAGCCUGGAAUGAGCUGAGGUGUGCAGGUGGCAUGAGGUAUACACACAUGCACCUCAGCCUAGAAUGAGAUGAGAUAUGCGAACUACGUAUGUGCACGUGUGCACACGUAUACACAUACGCCAUUUAAAAUCAUGCUGAAAGCAAGAAGUUGCACAAGAAAAGAGUAUGUUCAAGACAAUAAAAAUGGGAUUAUUCAACUCCUAUUUUACUUGCUUUUCUACAAGGAGACAAAUUUGGCUAAAGUCUAAGAGACUGUGAAGUUUUCUCCCCAUUAAUGGCAUCACAGCAUUUGUAUCUGAUUCAUCAGGAUUCUCCUGAGAAAGAGAAUCAGUAGGCUAUCUUGUAUCUAGAAAGAUUCAUUUUGAGGAACUGGCUUACAUGACUGUGGAGGAUGUAAAAUCCAAAGUUUGCAGGGUAGCCCAGCAGGCUGGAUAUUCCAGCAGGAGUCGAUGUUGCAGUUUUGAGUCUGCAGGCUGAAUUCCUUCCUCUUCCGGGAUCUCAAUCUUUUUUCUUAAGGUCUUCAACUGAUUGAAGUCCACUCACAUUAUGAAGGGUAAUGUGCUUUACUCUUCUACUGAGUGGAAUGUUAAUCACAUCUAAAAAUACUUGCAUAGCAACAUCUAGAUUGGUGUUUGAUCAAGUAACUGAAUACUAUAACCCAACAAAGCUGACAUAAAAUUAACCAUCACAGGACAAUUCUGCAACUUAAUUUUCUCGUUUAACAUUUCCUGUAAUUCCUUCCAUGUCAGCUUAUACAGAAUGACCUCAUCUAUAAUAAGAAUAUAUUAUCCUUUGUUUAACCAUUCCCCUACUGAUGGACAUGAACAUUGUUACCUUUUUUGAUAUUACAAGUAAUGCUGAGAUAAUAUCCUUGUCUAUGCCUUCUUGUGAACACAUGCAUUUGUUUCUUUAGAAGAGAUGGACAUGAAGUAUGAAAUUGCUGAGUCAUGGAUGGGAGUGGGCAUUUCAAAUUGUUAACAGAUGUUAGCAGUUUGCCCUCUGAAGCAAACUUGAAAAUUUUAAAUGAGCUCAAGCUGACAUGAAUCACAUUUUUUUUUUAAAGGAAAAGGCACUCAUCCAUACAUACUAUUCUGUAAACAGGUGUGUAACUGUCAAGGUGAGUGGCACACAAGAAUUUGAUAAAAGUCAAAGUACUGAAGGCGCUGCUAAAGUAGAUCUGAGGCUAUUCUGACUUCCUCGUUACUCACCUGUGCUAUGAUUUGCUUUGCAGUGGGAAAGGAUGGAGAUGCAGCCUGGGAGGGGUUUGGGUGUUGAUUCCUGGGCCUUUCAUGGGAGUGAUUAUUCACAGGAAAAUCAUCCCUAUCACAGGAAAAAGGCAGAGAACUGCUGUCUUUGGCACUAAAGACUAUGAUCUCAGAACCAAAGUAAUUAUCUUGGAGAAACUGUGGCAAUAAAAGAAAAAAGCCAGAUGGUUUAAAAAGAACAAAUAUUGGCUCCCUUGUGAAUUCUAGAAACCAUAGAAAUUGAUGUUACUCCCUGGCAAAUCCUAGAGUGGAUUCUUAAAGAGAUGGUUGGGAGCCUUUGAAAGCAAAAGCUUGAGCCCCAAAAACCUGCAGAACUUCAUGAAGAACAAGUGAGACCUAAUGUGUUAUUACACAGGAUUCACAGGAUUAUGAGACAGGGUUACAGGCCAGAGUAGGUUUCAGUUACAGAAAAGUGUCUCAUCGAGCCUUUCAUGUAAAUACAAUAGAGGAAUGGAAGAUGGAACAACAGGGCCACCUGAAUCCACUGCAGAAUGGUUUGGGUUAGUGUCAGGCACUGGUGGAGAGAUUCCUGCAGCGCGCCAAGGACUGUGUCCUUGAUCCCGUCUGUUUGCCAUUGAGACCAGUCAGGAGCCUCCAUACAUAUGAAGCCUUCAGGGAAGCCAAGGCUGGAAGAUCCCCCAGAAUGAAGGAUGAUAUAACCACGAUCAGAAAUGUCUUGACAGGCAGGGGAAAUGGGCAGAAGCGAAUAGUAUGAAAUAAAAUGGGGGUUAACUCAACAAAAGAUUGAAUACGCAGGCAGAGAGUGGAGAAGAGCUGACUCCAGAGCCUCAUGACAAAGUCUGCGGGGUUGCAGAGGCUGUAAUGAUACCCUAAGCCAUUCUACCUGAGGCUGUACUUGCAGAAAUACAAGUCCACCCUGACAGAAGUCAAGUCCUCGCAGGUAGCAGCUGCUUUCUAGGAUGCUCAUGCCCUUCUGACCUCACCAACUGAGCACUUCAGGGGUAAGCUGUAUAUAAGUUAGACCCAUUAUCCUAAUUACAUGUCUUAAUUUAAAUGAUUUAAAAGCAUAUAAACUGUAAGUGCAAAAACAAGUUGUUUCUCAAAAAACUAAGUUGAAUUCCUUGAAUAGACUCAGCAAAGAACAAUCACUAAAAAGUAACAACUGGCUGAAUUAGGGGUGUGUUGGGUGAGGGGACUAGAAAGACUAGAAAAAAAAUCAUGAAAACAUGGAUUCUGCAGUCAGAUUCCAUUGAUAUUUUAAAGAAACUGACACUGGGCAUUGUAGCCAGCACACUUUGGGUGUGGUUUAUGUGAGAAAGAUGAGGCAGAACUCUACUUCAGCAGACACUCAACUCAAAAAGACUGGCAAAUGGACAUGUAUUUACAUACUUUACAUUCAAAUAAAAUGUGUAAGAUAGGAA